GAGGACGAAGACGAAAGUGAAACACCAAUUCCCGAUCAAACUGAUGACGACCAAGGCAAGGAUACUUUAGAACUUGCGCGUCAUUGUCAAGACGUAUCAAAUAAUAAUAGUGUCGAACGUGACGAAGUAGAAUUAACAGAAGACUGUCAGAGCACACAGGAAGGAGAAGGCAUGAUCCUGGACGAACACAAGAUCUCACCAAACGCCGCUGCGGCGGCUGUCGCUUUUCCAGCGGCAAGUCAUGUCACACUGGAAGCACUGCAAAAUACUAAAGUCGCGGUGGCUCAAUUCGCAGCAACCGCGUUAGCGAACAGCGCGGAUAAUGAAGCCGCACUGCAAGAACUUGCCGUGCUACAAUCUACACUUUUUACGUUGCAGCAUCAGCAAGUAUUUCAAUUGCAAUUGAUCCAGCAACUACAAAAUCAAUUACAUGCAGACCCUCGAUCUCGAAAUGAAGAUGAACCGGCAUGCGAAGAUGGACCAGAACCAGAAGAAAGCUUACGAAGUAGAUCACCUUCACCGGCUCCAGUCGAAAGUCCGCCUGCUUCACCGGCUCCAUCAACAACACCACCACCGCAAGCGUCUUACUCAGCUCCAUCAAAUACCUCAGAGGAACCUAGGCCACCAAGCAGGACACAGAUAACACCUGCGUCUAACAUGUGUGGUUCUAUAUCAUCUUCUCUGGCUUCUUGUAUCAUAACACACAACGAUGACCAGCAAUCCCAAGAAGUACCAAACACUCUUGAAAUGUUACAAAGGCGAGCUCAGGAAGUUUUGGAUUCGGCUUCUCAGGGUUUGUUAGCAGGAAAUUUGGCUGAUGAAUUAGCAUUUCGUAAAAGUGGAAAAAUGUCGCCCUAUGAUUCUAAAAACGGCGGACGCAAUGAACCAUUUUUCAAACACAGGUGUAGAUAUUGUGGUAAAGUUUUUGGUAGUGACUCUGCAUUACAAAUUCAUAUACGAUCGCAUACAGGAGAACGGCCAUUUAAAUGCAAUGUGUGCGGUUCUCGCUUUACUACAAAGGGCAACUUAAAAGUGCAUUUCCAAAGACAUACGGCAAAGUUUCCACAUGUGAAGAUGAAUCCAAAUCCAAUACCUGAGCAUUUAGAUAAAUAUCAUCCUCCACUGUUAGCUCAAUUAUCACCGGGCCCAUCACCUACAUUACCUCAUCCGCCACAGUUUCCACCAGUAGGUCAUCCCGCUCAUCACUUUCCUUUAUUUAGACCAGCUUUAGAUUUAUUAAGACCACCGCCACCAGGUUUAUAUACACCGAUUGAACAAGAAGGCCCCGCAGAUCUCAGUAAACCAGCGCCGCCAUCGCCAGUUCCGUCACCCAGGUUAAUAGAACAGCGAGAUGAAAAUUGUAUAAGCCCUAAACAAGAACCAGAUACAGAACGAGAACCAUCACCGCAACAGCGUUAUCCUUCUCCCGUUCCUUACGAUGAAUGUUCAGAAGAUAGCAAAUAUAGCGUUCCACAAGAACAAGAAAUGCCUGCUGAUCUGUCCAGUAAAGCUGCGUCACCACCUAGUAGCGCUUCUUCUAUGGGAGAUCCUACCCGCGACCCUGCUUUAUAUUCCACAUUGCUGCCGCGUCCGGGUAGUAAUGACAACUCAUGGGAAAGUUUGAUAGAAGUAACGAGAACUUCAGAAACUAGCAAAUUACAACGUCUUGUUGAUAAUAUUGAAACAAAACUUACAGACCCUAAUCAGUGUGUAGUAUGUCAUAGGGUACUAUCCUGCAAAAGCGCAUUACAGAUGCAUUAUCGAACACAUACUGGUGAAAGACCAUUCCGUUGUCGAAUUUGUGGACGCGCAUUUACCACAAAAGGUAACCUAAAAACUCACAUGAGUGUUCACAGAAUGAAACCGCCACUGAGAGCUUUGCAUCAGUGUCCAGUGUGUCAUAGAAAAUUUUCGAAUGCUUUAGUUUUGCAGCAGCACAUACGUCUGCAUACAGGCGAGCCUACAGAUCUUACGCCUGAGCAAAUCCGUGCAGCAGAAGUGCGUGAUUUUCCUCCACUUCCUGGUUUUCCUUUAGGCGCUUUCCCAGGCCCUGGUGGUUUUCCACUUGGCUUAAAGCCUUCAGAUAUUGAAGCUAUGCGAGAAGCUAUGAUGACAGAAGAAGACUUUGGCGAUGACGAAGACUACCCAGAUGAAGACGAAGAGAAAAUUAAACCUGAAGCUGUAACAUCUUUAGCUGCUUUGGAAAAUCAAGUACGCACUAUUACUACAAUGGCCUCACAACUAUCUGCGUCUGGAUUGAGUCAAAGUGCAGAAGAUUUAUCAGAAACCAAAUCUCAAGGUGCCUCUAAUACGAGGCCCAAUUCGCCAGUGAGAAGUUUGGAAGCACGCAGUCCAGGAUCUCCUGCACCAAGCGAUAGUUCUCAAGGCGGUGCUUUAGAUUUGACACCUAGAGUAACAGUUCCUUCGCCAGCGUUUCCCAAUUUCUCACUUAUGGCUCCAGGACCUCCACAGAUGAGUUCAGCCUUAUCAUCAUUAACCUCAUCGGUUUUAACAUCGACCGCUUUUAGUCCGCUGGGCAUGGCUGUCGGACCAGGAGCGCGAGGCAAUACGACAUGUAACAUUUGCUACAAGACGUUUGCGUGUAAUUCAGCGUUAGAAAUUCAUUAUCGGAGUCACACGAAGGAGCGUCCCUUCAAAUGUGCGGUCUGCGAUCGAGGAUUCUCCACCAAGGGCAAUAUGAAGCAACACAUGUUAACUCAUAAAAUACGGGAUAUGCCACAACAUAUGUUCGACAAUAAUGUCAAGUCAGAAGAUGGUUCUUCUGAACCUGAGACUCGAUCGCCUUCUCUACCCCCUCAACCAACAGAGCAAACUGUAAUCAAACAAGAAGCUGGCAUCAAGAGGCCUCCGAAUGAUAUUGACUUGCCAUCUCCCAAAAGACCUACAACAAAUAUAGCACCAGUCCCAAUACCGCCUCCGUGCCCGACAUUAGAUCUUUCUCCACCCAGAGGACCGAUGUUAUCAUCACCUGGUAUUCCUGUAAGCGUUCAGCAACACCUUCAACAACAACCUUUACCUCUUCAGCAGCAAUCACCCUUACAUCAAAUGUCAGUGAUGCAUCAGCAACAAUUGACGCCGAUAAAUCAGCAAUUGACGCAACAACAAAUGCAGCAAUCUCAACAACAACAACAAUCACAACCACAAUCCAAUAAACAUUUAUGCGGAGUAUGCAGGAAAAACUUCUCGUCUAGUUCAGCGCUUCAAAUCCAUAUGAGAACACAUACGGGCGAUAAACCUUUUAGGUGCACGGUGUGCCAAAAAGCAUUUACUACAAAGGGAAAUUUGAAGGUUCAUAUGGGCACACAUAUGUGGUCAAACGGAGCUUCGAGACGUGGACGACGUAUGUCUUUAGAACUACCGCCUCGACCACUGCCUCUUAGUCCACAGGACUGAUUUUUACAACGGCGUCCAGAUCUGUUUUAUCCUUAUCUGCCCGCACCUUUUCUGAAUGGCAUGCAACAAAAGCUAAAUGAAAUUUCGGUGAUGCAACAACAAAACGGACCUCCUCAUAAUGGCAUACCAUCUCCUGGUAAAUUUGCCGGUCUUCUCGGUUUCGGACCAUUCCCACCGAUACCACCACCGCCAGUGACAAAACAGGAACCUAUGCAUUCGCAACCCAGUUCACCUCUGAGCGACAAGCCUCCGUCCGGGCACAGUCCGCAGCCAGGUAUGACUCAAUUGGCGCCUGGUGAGCGGGAAGCUAUCAUGAGAGAACUAGGCGAAAGAGAACGCGAACGUGAGACCAUGUUACCUCGUAUGUGGGAUUUGCACUACGAGCGAAAAGCAGCAUCAGACGUUGGCCCGAUGGGCGGUCAAGAAGAUUCUUCACCCAUGGACGUUUCCGCAAGCAGCGUUCCACGAUUGGGGCAGACGCCGCGCGGUGAAGGAUUGGCCGCGUGA